AUGGCCCAACAACCGAGUGACAAUGUGAUGCGAAGGAAGUUGGUCAUCAUCGGGGAUGGCGCCUGUGGAAAGACCAGUCUGCUCAGUGUAUUCACGCUGGGCUACUUUCCAACCCACUAUGUUCCGACGGUCUUCGAGAACUACGUGACGGACUGCAGGGUGGAUGGACGAUCCGUCCAAUUGGCACUGUGGGAUACUGCUGGUCAGGAAGAUUACGAGCGGCUCCGACCACUCGCCUAUUCGAAGGCGCAUGUGAUCCUUAUCGGGUUCUCCGUGGACACGCCUGAUUCGCUCGAGAACGUCAAACAUAAGUGGAUCGAAGAAGCGAACGAGCGAUGUCCGGGCGUGCCGAUUAUCUUGGUUGGGUUGAAGAAAGAUCUCCGUGAAGAUCCUCUGGCGGUCGAGGAGAUGCGAAAGAAGUCGUUGAAAUUCGUGACGUCAAAGGAAGGAAGCGACAUCUCCACGUCGAUCGGAGCCCGCAAAUAUCUCGAAUGUUCCUCGCUGACGGGCGAGGGCGUCGACGAUGUAUUCGAGGCCGCCACCCGCGCGGCGCUCCUCACGUUCGACAAGCGGAAGAGCUCAUGCUGCAUUGUGCUAUGA